AUGGUAUUUACCACUCCAGAUGAGAGUCAAGCUUAUGAAGUGAAUGAAAAGGCAAGGAAGUUUGGAAAAGACAAAGCUAAGAUUGAGCCUUCCUUUAAAGCCUUUGAGGAAGAUCCAGAAGAUGAAAGUUUAGAUGAGAGGGAAGCAAAAUUUGUAAGGAAAUUGAAGAAAGGGUACCGUGGGGCCCCCUGCCACCACACGGCCCUACGGGACCUCAGGUCCCACAUCCCUACCGACCACCACAGGUCUUUUCCAGCACCUCUGCUCUUGUAUCUCCGGUCCCCGGCCCCCUGCGUUCUCCGACGGCACCCACCGCCUGCGGCCCCCCAGCUCCCUGGCCGCCGCCUAGCCUGGCCUCCCCACCGCCGGCUUCCGCCACUCGACCCGGCCUCCUCUGCCACUUGUGCAGCUCUUGGCUACUGGCCACCCUGGCUCUGCCUGACUUGGACUCCUCCUUCGCCGCCUAUGCCUAGCCGCCGAGAAAUCUAUGGCCCGGCCCGCCAUCGCCGACCCUGGCCCUUACUGCCUCCGCCUAUGGCCCUGCCACCGCCGGGCUCCUUUGUACUCACCGCUGCUCCCUACGAUGCCACCACUGCCGGCCCUAGCCCUUACCGCCUCCGCUUGCAGCCCUCACUACCCGGCCCCCAGCCGCCGCUUUGCCCGGCCCGCCGCCCAGCCGUCGCUCAGCUUGGCCCCGCCACUCAACUCCCCGGCCUACCACCCAUGCCUGGCCGCCACUUUGCCACUUGGUUCCGCUUCGCCCAACCCCCUGGGAGCUCCACCUAG